AUGCCGCCAGUCCCAGGUCAACUUGUUCAGGCAAAUAUUGCCGCGCUUGCUAUCGGAGGCUUCGUGUCCUUUGCGUUGAUUGUUUGGGAUUUCAUUGCCUAUCUUCCCGAUGAGAUUAGGCUCUUAAAAGACUUCAGGAAAGUCUCGUGGCGUACUCCUGAUCCUUAUUCCUUCCUCCUCGUACGCUACAGUGCUCUGGGAUACGGACUUGCGUCGUUAUUCAACCUCGCCCUGAAAAGCGAUCACUGCCAGGCAGUAGUCUCUUGGGCUCAGGUCUUGUCCAUCUGCGUACUCAUUCCAGCGGGUGUGCUAUCCGCGCGCAGAGUCGCCUCGCUAUGGAGCAACCAUAUGGCGGUCGUCUCAGUUGGGACAGUCCUAUUCGUUUGCAUGAUUUCCAGCUGGAUCGCUGUAGCGAGCCAACAUCGCGGAUUCACACUCAAAGAAAAUCUACUCGUUGAUGGAUACAACGAAGAGAUGGGCAUCAGCCCACUCCCAGGAUUUGGCACCAACUGUGGGGUCUCGCUUCAGGUCCCAUGGCAUUCGCUCAGCUACAUUGCUUCCACGCUCUUUUUCGGCGCGACUUUCGCCCUCGCCCUCCUUCGAUGGUCAAGGCAACGCACCGAGCACGUCUUCAACCUCGGUCUGACCCCGUUGAACCGAGCAUGCCUUUGGUAUCUCAUGGUCAGCUGGAUAUCCUGCAUCGCGCUCCUCGCUGUCUACACCAGCUCCUGGUCAACGGACAUCUCACGCAGGACCGCUUCUCCCUUCUUCGUUCUCCUCGUCGCUGGGAUGGCCCAACGCAUCUUCCUCAAUUCGCAAGCCGAUUACACACUGCGGAAACAGCACAUCCAGGAGAUGGCCAUGAUGAAUCUCAAGGCAAAGGUUCCGAGAUGGUCGUGGUCUCCUCAUGCGAAGAAGGUGUCGCUGUCGACGAUCUCCACGGGCGGGUCCCCGCGGGCUGCCCCUUUGACCAACUUUGGCAGCCACCAGAUUUAUCCCCGACCUCCUCCACCCCCACCACCCCUUCCAAUUUCAAACCCUGGGAGCCCUAGUCUCACGCCGUUGCCGCCUCAGCAUAUCCUGUCCAUCGAGAAGUCGAGGGCAGGGAAAGUGAGCCCAGCUUCGUCGAUGCACUUCAAGCCAUCUUCUAGCAAUGGACACGACGCCUCGGACAGUACCGAGAGACUCGUCACACCACUGUCCACAGGGAUUCCAGACCUGGGUAACAAAUCCAGCAACAGCGGCUCGCCUCGAGCCCAAAAGGGGAGCAUCUCCGGCAGUGUAUCUGUUACUUCCGAGUCGGUCGAAUCAUCUGGCGCUGUGGCUGCAAACACAGAGGUGCUGUCCCCCGACCAUAGGAAGCCCGGUCUCGACUAUUGGGUUUGGUUCGCCUCCUGGGUCUCCACCGGUCCUUGGGCUGCCAUGGCCAGGAGGAAGACCACCCGCGGGAGGUUCGAAGUUCAAGGUGUUGCCCGGGAGUCGACCCGUGGCUACGACGUCUAG